AUGGGUGAGCUAAGUUUCUUCUUGGGCCUUCAAGUUCGUCAACUUGAAGGAGGCUCCUUAUUCAAUAAGGCGAAGUACACAAAGGAGCUUCUAAAGAAGUUCGGCAUGAGGAGCUGCUAUGCUGCCUUAACAUCAAUGAGCUCGUCUCUCAAGCUUGAUAAAGAUGAAGAUGGUCAAAGCGUUGACAGCACUGCCUAUCGAGGGAUUAUCGUCUCCCUACUCUAUCUAACAUCAAGCAUGUCAGAUAUACUACUCGUUGUUGGCGUUUACUAUGUAGGUUGUAAGGUGGACAUGAAGAAUACCAGUGGAACAUGCCAAUUCUUUGGUGAUCGCCUUGUCUCCGGGUAUAGCAAGAAACAGACUUCUAUAGCAACCACAAUGACUGAAGCGGAAUAUCUAGCUGCUGGGAGCUGCUGUGCUCAGUUGUUGUGGAUUCAACAAUAA